AUGGCUUGGUUCAUAUUGUCUAUAUUGAUUCAAAAAGGCGCCCCUCAGCUGGCCAUUCUCAUCAAUGAUCACUCUUCAGCUUCAGUUGUGAUGAUGCCCACAACCUGUCAAUCUGGGGAACUUCCCCAAGACCUGGAAUUUUCCGCAAGCUGCGUCACUGGUCGGCCAAAGUUUAACUCGCGCAAUACUUCGGACCGGCUACGCGAGGGCGCCGGGCUGUACCUUCCAGCCCAGCUUCAGAAGAGUGUCGGUAUUUCGAAGCACAAGGUGUCUGCAUUCAAGGAGCUGGGUCUCGAUGACAUGGGACCUUCUGCUACCCAGCUGCAACAAUGCUGA